AUGUCUUUUUUCAAGAAGACGGACAAGUCGCAUGAUGCUACUAAACGAGUGAGGAAAGCAGCAAGUGGCGAUGCUAGUGACCAGGAGGAAGAGGCUAGCCCCGCAACAGGUGACCUGGUUCAUAGCCCGCCUGAGUGGAGGGCAGAUACAGCGCACCCGAUCAGCCAUCAUGUGGACCCCCACCAACAACCGGAGCAAGAGGCCAGUAUGGAGAUAUCAGCUAGCCAAGUACAGCAGCAAGAGGCGGGAACCACGACAUCAACGCGCUUCUUUCAUGAAGCGUCAGAAGGAGAGGAGCGCGCACUGAGCGGAGAGGAAUGUGGUUCAUCCAGCGACAGGUCAGGGGGAUGCGCAACUGUUUGGACUGCUGCUCAGUUCAAGGUGAAGCAGAGUUACUACCCCUGGCUUCUUAUGGACAGUUCUGGUUUGGGCUGCACAAUUUGUAAGACGGUGGGGACUUUGGGGCCGGAGAAAACGGGAGGAAUGAAACUUGCUAAAGAGUGGGAGUCAAAUAGGCCAGGGCGCUACACUGUACUGAGCCAAAGAGGAAUUGAGGAAAACUCUUUCCAAGGAAUUACACUAAAUGAAGGAAAAUCAAGCGACAAAACACUGGACGCCAAGCCAUUUUUCCAAGCUGUGGCCAAGAACCUGGAGAAUCGGAUGUUAUCCCAAGGAGGCCGGGUACCAGACAAAACGGGAUAUAACAAGUUCAUUGAGGAGUUGAAGGUGCUUUAUGCGCAGUAUUGGCCCGAGGACGCAGAAGACUCUGAUGUUGUCUCUGGACUGAGGCGGUGGAGCGUCCCACCCUGUCACAGGGAUCAGAGCGAGACCGACCCUGUCCAGUCUCUGUGUGAGGGAAGAGGAGAGACAGGGAUCAGAGCGAGACCGACCCUGUCCAGUCUCUGUGUGAGGGAAGAGGAGAGACAGGGAUCAGAGCGAGACCGACCCUGGAAGAGGAGAGACAGGGAUCAGAGCGAGACCGACCCUGUCCAGUCUCUGUGUGAGGGAAGAGGAGAGACAGGGAUCAGAGCGAGACCGACCCUGUCCAGUCUCUGUGUGAGGGAAGAGGAGAGACAGGGAUCAGAGCGAGACCGACCCUGGAAGAGGAGAGACAGGGAUCAGAGCGAGACCGACCCUGUCCAGUCUCUGUGUGAGGGAAGAGGAGAGACAGGGAUCAGAGCGAGACCGACCCUGUCCAGUCUCUGUGUGAGGGAAGAGGAGAGACAGGGAUCAGAGCGAGACCGACCCGUCCAGUCUCUGUGUGAGGGAAGAGGAGAGACAGGGAUCAGAGCGAGACCGACCCUGUCCAGUCUCUGUGUGAGGGAAGAGGAGAGACAGGGAUCAGAGCGAGACCGACCCUGGAAGAGGAGAGACAGGGAUCAGAGCGAGACCGACCCUGUCCAGUCUCUGUGUGAGGGAAGAGGAGAGACAGGGAUCAGAGCGAGACCGACCCUGUCCAGUCUCUGUGUGAGGGAAGAGGAGAGACAGGGAUCAGAGCGAGACCGACCCUGUCCAGUCUCUGCGAGGUGCACCUCCUCCCACUGCACCUCCUUUCACUGCACCUCCUCCUACUGCACCUCCUUUUACUGCACCUCCUCCCACUGCACCUCCUUUCACUGCACCUCCUUUCACUGCACCUCCUCCUACUGCACCUCCUCCCACUGCACCUCCUCCCACUGCACCUCCUUUCACUGCACCUCCUUUCACUGCACCUCCUCCUACUGCACCUCCUUUUACUGCACCUCCUCCCACUGCACCUCCUCCCACUGCACCUCCUUUCACUGCACCUCCUUUCACUGCACCUCCUCCCACUACGUCCAGAACGGCCCAAUCUAUGAUGUCAUCGUGUGGAGAUUAGCGUUAGCUUUGAGACCGACCCAAACCUGCUCUGGGUUCACUGAGGACACCAUCAAACCUUUACCCUCUCCGGUCUAA